AGAGGACGCGGAACGCGUGGGAGGGGAGAGAGACGACGAGGAGUUGUGGGAGGGGAGAGAGACGAUGUGGAAUCGUGGGAGGGGAGAGAGACGACGCGGAAGCGUGGGAGGGGAGAGAGACGACGUGGAACGUGUGGGAGGGGAGAGAAACGACGCGGAAUGCGUGGGAGGGGAGAGAGAAAACGCGGAAGGCGUGGGAGGGGAGAGAGACGACGCGGAAGGCGAGGGAGGGGAGAGAGACGACGCGGAACGCGUGGGAGGGAGAGAGACGACGCGGAACGCGAGGGAGGGAGGGGAGAGAGAUGACGCGGAACGCGAGGGAGGGAGGGGAGAGAGACGACGCGGAACGCGAGGGAGGGAGGGGAGAAAGACGACGCGGUGCGCGUGGGAGGGGAGAGAGACAACGCGGUGCGCGUGGGAGGGGAGAGAGAUGGUGCGGAACGCGUGGGAGGGGAGAGAGACGGCGCGGAACGCGAGAGAGGGGAGAGAGACGGCGCGGAACGCGAGGGAGGGGAGAGAGGCGACGCGGAAAGCGUGGGAGGGGAGAGAGACGACGCGGAACGUGUGGGAGGGGAGAGAGACGGCGCGGAACGCGUGGGAGGGGAGAGAGACGGCGCGGAAUGCGUGGGAGGGGAGAGAGACGGCGCGGAACGCGUGGGAGGGGAGAGAGACGGCGCGGAACGCGUGGGAGGGGAGAGAGACGGCGCGGAACGCGUGGGAGGGGAGAGAGACGGCGCGGAACGCGUGGGAGGGGAGAGAGACGGCGCGGAACGCGUGGGAGGGGAGAGAGACGGCGCGGAACGCGUGGGAGGGGAGAGGGACGGCGCGGAACGCGUGGGAGGGGAGAGGGACGGCGCGGAACGCGUGGGAGGGGAGAGGGACGGCGCGGAACGCGUGGGAGGGGAGAGGGACGGCGCGGAACAUGUGGGAGGGGAGAGGGACGGCGCGGAACGCGUGGGAGGGGAGAGAGACGACGCGGAACGCGAGGGAGGGAGGGGAGAGAGACGACGCGGAACGCGAGGGAGGGAGGGGAGAGAGACGACGCGGUGCGCGAGGGAGGGGAGAGAGACGACGCGGUGCGCGUGGGAGGGGAGAGAGACGACGCGGUGCGCGUGGGAGGGGAGAGAGACGGCGCGAAUCGCGUGGGAGGGGAGAGAGACGGCGCGGAACGCGAGGGAGGGGAGAGAGACGACGCGGAACGCGAGGGAGGGGAGAGAGACGACGCGGAAUGCGUGGGAGGGGAGAGAGACGACGCGGAAGGCGAGGGAGGGGAGAGAGACGACGCGGAACGCGUGGGAGGGGAGAGAGACGACGCGGAAGCCUGUAAUCCCGAGGGGUCUUAUCCUA